AAAAGAAUAAAAGUAGUUUCUAUAUUUCGCUAAACAUUUUCUGUAUUUUCAACUCGUUCCUUCCUCCUCUCAGGUACCAAAUCCCAGCCCUUCCAUUCCCUCUCUCUAUUCUCUCCGUAGAUUCUCUCCCUCUCUCUCUCUCUCUAGCUCGGUUUAUACGUAUUUGUAUAAUUUUUGAGAUUUGUAUCGAAACAAUUGAUUCCGGUUUUCUUCAAUUUUCUUUUUUUUUUUUUUGAUUUUUUUUUGGGCGUUGGUGGAUUUAAAUAAUUGAUUUUAUCGUCAUAGCAUGUUUAUAUAUGUUUCUCCUUCUUGAAGCAAAAUAAUAUAGCUCCUCGUCAAAGGAAGCUAAAAAUGGUGAUUUUUUAAGUAAAUUUUUGUUUUAAAAUUUUUUCUUGGUUAAUUUAAAGUAUUUUAUUUCUUUUUGAUACAUAGGAAAUCAAUUAAGAGCAGUUUUAACAUGGCCAAUUUUGAGUAUCUUGAAUUUUGUGAUCUGGGUCAUUCUUGUUUUUGAUUUUUUGUCGGUUGUUUUUGGAUUUCUGUGUUAUCACAGAUCGGUUACGAGAAAUAAUUGGUAAAUAGGGACAAUUUCUUUGCGAGAUUUCUGUGUAUUAAUCUUAUAACCUCAUUUGAGUAGAACCUAAGCAAGAAAUAAAGUAAAACAAAUUCGAUUAUCUGGGGAUUUGCUUCGAUGCGAUUUGAUUUGGUAUAGCUGUGUGAAUUAAUAAUUUUUAUGAUGGUAUUUAUUGGGUUAAAACUUGGGGCUUAAUAUUUGGGUUCCUGGUCCUGUCUUUUGUUGUGUGCAAAAUAGAUGGGAAGAGGAGGGAAGGUGAAUCAUAAGAGAAAUUUUAAAAAUAGGGCUAGGUCUAAAGAUAAGGGGUCUGAUGAUUCAGAUGAGGAUUAUGUGGUUGAAGUUGAGGAAAAUGCAACUGAUGGGGAUUCAGGGGAUUCAGGGAAUUCUAUAGAUGAUUAUGCAUCAGAAGAGAGUUUUGCUAGUUUUGUAGAAGAGGAAGAAGAGGAAAAGGAGUUUAGGGUUGGAUCCAAAAAUAGCAAGGGUUCACAACCAAAUGGGAAUACUGGGUGUAAAACUUCACGGAAAAGAAAAAGGUUAUCUUAUGAGGAGGAAGAUGAGGAUUAUGUUCAUGAGGAGGAAGAUGACGAUGAAGAUGAUGAUGAAUUCACGCCAGAUGAAGAUGAUGAUUUUCUGGAUGAGGAUGAAGAAUUGACAGCAAAAAAGAAGAGUAAUAACAUGAGAGUGGGCAAGAGGAGGAUUGAGAAAAGGGGCUCCAGGCGUGGUCCAAAGAAACAGCGGAAAUCUAGGGUCUCAAAGAAACCUUCAGUAAAGAAGGGAACAAAGAAGCGUAGGUUAAGAAAGAAAGAAAGGUGUGAAUAUGAUGAUGAAUAUGAUGUUGAUUUUGUAGAUGAUAGUGCAAUUGUAAAAGAAAAGAGCAGUGAAAAUUCAAAUGUGAGGAAGAGGAGAAAUACCAUGUAUUCGGAUUCAGAUUUUAUGCCUUCUGGAUCAUCUGAUUAUGAGUUUACGAUCUCGGAGGAAGAGAGAGAGCAGGUAAGAGAAGCCAGUAAAUUGUAUGGAGAACUAAAGACUAGUUUGAGGGGUUCGUCAUCUAUAAAGAAACUUCAGGAGAUUGGGGAUUUGUGUGAACAAGGAAAAUCCAUUGCCAGAAAAGGCAAGGAGAAGGUAAAGGAAGUAAGAACAGAGGUAGGAAAGCAGGUAUGCGGAAUUUGCCUCUCAGAAGAGGAUAAAAGAAGAUUAAGGGGGACACUGAACUGUUGUGAUCACUAUUUCUGCUUCACUUGCAUCAUGGAGUGGUCAAAGGUAGAGUCGCGAUGCCCUUUGUGCAAACAAAGGUUUACGACAAUAACAAAGAACGGAAGAACAGCUGUGGGGGUUGAUCUGAGAAAUAUGGUAGUGGAAGUACCCAAACGUGAUCAGGUCUAUCAACCAUCAGAGGAAGAAAUAAGGAACUUUAUUGAUCCAUAUGAGAAUGUGAUUUGUACUGAAUGCCAUGAAGGUGGGGAUGAUGGCCUCAUGUUACUGUGUGAUCUCUGUGAUUCACCUGCACAUACCUAUUGUGUUGGCCUUGGGCGGCAAGUACCUGAAGGCAAUUGGUAUUGUGAUGGCUGUCGACCUGUUGCUCUUGGAUCCUCAAGCUCCCAAACUCAGGAACUUUUGCCUAAUCAAAGGACUACAAGCAACACAUUUAAUGGGUCAUCUCCUGUUUCAAAUAAUGGAGACGGUUUAGACUGCAGUUUAGAGCUGUCACCUUGUUUAGCAUUCUCUCAAGUAGUUGGAAAUCUGUCAUCUCCCAGAUUUUCCUCUGGAGAUGUUCAGGCAGCUUCUCCAGUAUCUGGAGCUGGGGCGCCAACUCUGUCAAUGAGACGUCAUAUACACCGCCGUAUACAAAAUAUCCUUUCUGUUAGCAGAAUGUAUAACAUAGCUAACAGAGCCGAUGGCAUUUCAGCUGCCAACUUGCAUAGUGACUCUUCAAUGACUCAAACUGAUCAAUGUAGGGAAACCUCUAUUCAAAAUUCAAGGACACAAGAAAUGGGAUCAUUGCAACGUGCAUCCCAUGACGUGAGAUUGCAAGACCAACCCUCUUCUUCAUUGCAAAAUGGAGAUCAUUUUGCUAUUAGAUCAAGCCAAUUGAGAACACAGGCAGUUGAUGAUCCAACUGUUACAACUACGGAGAGGUCUGUCAAUUUAACAUUAUGGCCUGAACUCACUGGGAUGAACUCUGUAUCUGGCCAUGAGCAGUUCCAUCAGUGCAACAGCAGACCAGGCAUUGUAUCUGAAGUUAAUCCGGUACCUCAUAAAGCUAGAGAAGAAUGUCAAUUCUAUGUGGUAAAGGAACAAUUGCAGUCAAUGGUUAAAAGCCACUUGAGAAGCUUGUCUCAAGGCGUUGAAUUAGGCCAUGAUACUUUCAAGGAAAUUGCAAGGAGUUCUACGCAUACCAUCUUAGCUGGUUGUGGUCUUGAGCACAAGAGGAGUGAAGUCCAAUUUAUGCCCCUGCCAUCAAUUUGCACCCAUGUUGAGAGGGUGGCUGCUGGACAGACAAGUAUAAUGAAAGGUUUAUGCUCAUCUUGUUUUGAUUCUUUUGUAAGGGAUGUAGUGAAGAGGAUCAUGGACACAAGACUGCCUCAGUGGUUGAGUUUACGUCUUUAGUCUUUGACCCGCUAGUUUUUUUCCCCCUUUUUGUUUAACUCUCUUUUUCUGUUAGGAUUUUAGCGCGAUCAUUUAUCGUCAAUUUGUUGAUAGAUAUCAUAUAAUUCACCGACAUUGAGCAUUGAAGGGCUCUAUUCUUAUUUGAUAACGAUGCUAAUUAUUAAAGACGAAUUCAUAAUGUUUUUAUUAUCGAGUCC